ACAGUUAUGUUACAAGCCUUAGACAUGUGGACAGUAGGGCUACCGGUGUUAUUAUGUGGUCUGGUCCAAGGAUUAUAUCGAGUAGACCCUCUCGUGUCUACCAACAAGGGCCUUAUUCGAGGUCUUCGCUCUAAUGAGGGAUACGCCCAGUUUCUGGGUGUUCCUUAUGCGGUGGUGGAUAAAAACAAUCCUUUUGGGCCAUCAGUUCAACAUCCAGGUUUCGAUGACAUCUUUGAAGCAUAUGAGUCAAAUGUAUGUCCUCAAGUAUCCAGUGAUGUAGCAAUUGGAACCAUCGAUUGCCUCACCAUGAACAUCUAUGUGCCAAGUGCAGCUACCACUCAAAACCGCUUACCAGUAAUGAUAUGGAUACACGGAGGAGCUUUCAUCACUGGUAGUGCUCAAACUGAAGGAAACCCUAACUUUUUGUUGAAGAAUGACGUCAUUGUAGUAGCAAUAAAUUACAGACUGGGUGCCUACGGUUUCAUGUGUUUGGACAUCCCUGAAGUACCAGGAAAUCAAGGACUAAAAGAUCAAGUGCUAGCUCUGAGGUGGAUCAAUGAGAACAUUGAAGCAUUUGGAGGCGACGAUUCACAAAUAACCGUAUUUGGUGAAAGUGCCGGUGGAAUGUCUGUAAACCUUCAUUUACUGUCUUCAUAUGAGCGAUUGUUCCACAAAGCUAUAAUCCAAAGUGGACCUGCUUCAAGUCCAUGGUUGAUUAUGGAACCGGAUAAAACAAUACCAAUUAAAUUGGCUAAUUCCUUAGAUUUUGAAACUGAAGAUAUACUUGAAGCUUUAGAGUAUCUUGCAUCUGUAGAUGUUCAUACACUGGUUAAAGUUGCUCAUGAUUUGAAAAUAAGUGAUUCUACUGCAACUAAAAGCCCUGGUACCCUGCCAUGUAUAGAGAAGGAAAUUGAUGGCGUAGAGUCUUUUAUAACUGAUCAUCCAAUGAACAUAAAUACCCCUAAAGUCCGCAACACUCCUGUGAUUAUUGGUCACACAAACAACGAAUAUGGAUUACAAUAUAGAUUAGCUGAUUCAGAUUUUUUCGCAAACUAUGACUUUGGCUUGCUAUCAAACGCUUUUGAUUUGGGAGACAAUUGGGAGGAUGCUGUAAAUGACGUAAGACACUUUUAUAUUGGGGAUGAGGCAGCCAAUAAAAAUGUAUCUGAUAAAAUUACAGAUUUCGCGUCAGAUUUUGUAUUUAACCAUCCUACGCAAAGAAUGGCUGAAAGGAUUUUAGACAUUGGUGGUAGAACAGUGUAUCGAUACGUUUUCUCAUACAGUGGUAACAGAAAUCUACUAAAGGUGCUGUUUAACGUGAAUGCUACAGGAGCUAUCCAUGCUGAUGAGCUGGGAUAUUUAUUAGAUAAUGUUGAAUUGUUUGGAGAACAAGUAACACCACAAGACCAGCUUAUGAUUGACAGGCUUACGACGCUUUGGACUAACUUUGCUAAGUAUGGGGAUCCAACACCAGCAACGUCGGACCUACUUCCAGUAAAGUGGCAACCUAUCACGAAGACCAGCCAGCCUUAUUUGAACCUCGACUCAGACCUUACUCUUCGAGCCAGGCCGUUCCACGACAGGAUGGCGUUCUGGGACCUUUUCUACAAACUCUACAGAAAUCAACAACAAUAUGGACUUUCUGGAAAAUAAGGAACAUUAUUGAUUUUAAAUAACGGUGUAGGUCUGUAGGGAGUAUU